AUGUCCGUCAGCACUGAAAUCAUCCUGAGAAUAUCUUACAGCACUCGAACAGAGCCCGUCGAGCACACCCUGCACCCCGCUGCCACCACCCAGCUCUACUUCGAUCGCGACCAAGGCUUGAUCGAACUGCGAGCUGAGACUGACGCGAAUCGCCUCGCGAACGACAUUGCUGGCAAGCUCGGUACAUUGCUUCCACUUUCAAACGAGUCCUCGGUAACUGACACGAAUCACAGAAGCUCGCAAUCAGGUCCUCGUCUUUGAGACGUACGCGCGCGGCGUCGUCGUAGAGCCUGAAGGGCGCUCGGCUGCUCGCUUUGAAGCGGACUGCUCCGUUCCCGGCCGUCGCUUCGUAGUGAAUUUAAGAUCUGGCGACACUGUUUGUUUAGGAUCUUUCGGCACGUCUUUCGCUGUUCUCCUCAAAACGGCACAUCCGACACCCGCGCAGACCGACCUGCCAGAGACGCUCACCACCGAUCUUCUUACACAACCGUCGACACAACACUCCACCAUGCCGCCCGCACUCUCUGAAGAAGACGGCCUCCGCGAAGAAGUGACCGUGCGCCACGAGGUAGGUCCUGACGACGAGACUGAGGACGAAUCGGGCUCCGUUGCGGACGAUCCUGCGGAAUCUAUCUCGCCAGAGUCACCAGAAGUCCCCUCCACAUCUGACGCUGCUGGACCGGGAGAGGUCGCUGAAGAGGCUGCUAUUCGAUCAUUGCAGGCAGCAGAGAGCAAGCAGUUCGAGUCUUCCAUUCAACGUCCCAAGCGUGAAGCUGCCAAGCGCCGUAAUGCUGAGGACACAUACCAAGUCCAAGUGGAUGAGCCGCUGGCCAAGAGAACUCGUCAUCAAGCGACUAGCUCCCCUGCCAAGAACAGGCCAGAGGAGUCCGCGGGCGAGACUGUUACCCCUGGACAAGCCACCGACUUCGUAGCAGACGACGAGCCUGGAGUAUCCGAGGACGAGAUCGUUGUCGCACAGCGGAAUGUGAAGCCUUGGUCCUCAUCGCCCCAACACCGGAAACCCCCAACACCGCGGAGCACUCCAACCUCAGCUCGAUCUCAGGGCGCUGCUUUUCUAAAUGCUAAGAAGCCUACUGUGCUGAUCUCCGGCUUUGAGCUGGACAGAGCCAGGGCCAAGUGGCUUCAGAAGCAGGGAGUCACCAUCGAAGGGAAACAGAUACCCGGCAAACGCGCAAGCUUUCUCUGCGUCGUCCGAGAGGAUAAGCGCCAAGAGCCAGAGAAGCUUCCAACCACGAUCAAGGUAUUGAGUGCGCUGAAUGCGAAGAAGUUGAUUGUGAGCGAGGCUUGGAUCUCCGAUUCGAAGAAGCAGAACGAGCUACAAGACCCGAGCGAUUACAUGGUAGCCAAUGGCAGAGACCGCAAUCGCAGCUCGCUCUUCUCCGGAUUGACAAUGUUCUUCACCGAAAAGGUAUUCGCGCCGUUUCCCUGGACGUGAGAUGAAUCCGUUUCUGACUCGAACAGGCUUCUUUGAGUGGAUUCGAAGGCAUCAAGACCCUCAUCACAGAUGCUGGUGUUACUAGAAUCGAGACCGGAACGCUUUCCAAGGGAACUUCUCUGACGCCGAAGAAUCGAGUUAUUUUCCUAGCCGAAAAGGGAGAUGACGAGGGCACCGAGCUCGUCAAGCGACUCGGCUCAAACGACCGCGUGUAUGAGAGGUCAUUACUGACGCAGAGCAUUCUCCGAGGGGAGUUGGAUCUCGACAGCGACGAGUUCAAGAUAUCGUAG